CAUUUCUGCUGUAAGCCUGUAACAAAUUAUAUUAUUCUCUCCGUAACACACCUCAAUCUCUCUCUCCCUCUCUCUCUCUUUCUCUCUCACACACACACACAUAGUCACAUGGCCCAAGAUAGCCAUCAAGAGCCACCAUGCCAGCAGCAGCACAUAACAACCAGCACCAGCACCGUGGCGACCAUGUGGCCAUGGCAGCAGCACCGUGGAAGGGUUCGGCUACUCCUGCGGCGGCGGAAGAUGAAGACGGUAAAGCUGGGAGGAGAGGGAAAGAAGACGUCGGCGAAGAGAAGAAUGUUCCGCGGGCUUGUGAGGAUCUUGAGGAGGAUGAAGGUGAGGUGGCUGAAACUGCAGUACCUUCGCAUGUUGAAGAGACUGAAGGAACAUUACCGAAGCAUCUUGAAGGAUCUGGUUGAAGCUGGUGCCUCCGUUGAAACCUUUCAGCAGAGGCUUUUCAUGGAAACUAGUUUCGCUAUUCCUAUUGGUGUCUCUUUAUCUACCUAUCCUUCUCAUUUUGGAUCCGAUUGCCCAAGAACCAUCUUCAUGUAAUGUAAAUUUAUUAUUAUUAUUAUUAUUGUCUUAACUGAUAUAUAGAAGAAGGAAAUUAAAUUAAACAAGUAAUUAUUCCUUCUUAUGCUUCAAUAGUUGAAUUUGUACUUUCUUUAUAUGUAUGAUGUGCGUGGAAAAUACUGUUGAGUGUUUAAUUUUUUUGUGUGUAAAUGAGUUUUGGGAAAAGCUUGCCUAUUCCAA